AUGGAGCUACAAGUUCCAAACUGUAAGACUGUUCACCUUUUUAACUGUGACAAUACUUUCAAACUGGACUCAAUAGAAGCACUCUUGACUACAGUGAAAGACAAAGUUGAAUUCGAAAUAUCGAUCAAGAAGCAUUGUUUCAAACUUUCAGAGAUGUCCUCUGUAAGUGAUAGCAUAGUUCCCACUCUAAAUAUGGAUUUUGCCGUAUUUGUCGUUCAUGCCAAUGAAUCUCGACUCUCUAUCAACGAAGACAACGCUGGCAUUGGUUACGCGAAGAUCUACAAAGCUUUACUGAGAGCGACCGGCGAAAAAGUUUUAAUAAUUAUAGGCGGUGACGACAACUAUGUGGGGAGAGAAGAGGAAAACGAAGCUGUCAUGUCACGUUGGGCUCGGAGGAAAGUUUCGUCACAAUUCGAGGAGGAAUAUCUUGACGGACGAAAAAGUUUCAUUUUUUCUUGGCACAAAAACCACCGAGAGAUUCACGAGAAAGCUCUUCUACACUUUUUUGAACCAAGUAAGAUGGGUGAAAAGUUUGAUUAUCAUGAGCCAGAAAUGAGUCUAUCAGCCGACACUUCUAACGCAACAGCUGAGGAAAAUAUCCAAGGGCUGAAUCCUCAACCAGAGAUCACACAAUCGACGCCGUCCAACGUUCCAGAGAAUAUUUCAGUGUAUCCAACGGAUGAGGUCGAGUAUGUAAAUGAAUUUGAAGCAUCUUACAAAAAGAACAAGGAGGAAGUAAUAGUUGUUGUGGGUCCUCGUGAUAAGAUUCCGUCAGGGUUGUCCCUGAAUUAUCCAGAAGGUUCAGUGCUUCUAGAUACUCGGCUUCGCCAUGGGGAAGUCUCAGACGACACGAGAGAUGUGGUGCAUAGAGAGGACGGAUGGCAAGUACCGGAAGGCUACAGGGACCAUCUAAGAAGUAUGCACGCGGCAGAAACCAACCUUAGAGUAAAGUUUGUAGUUCGCCAAAACCAACUAACCACAAUUAUAAUCCGAAACUGGUUUGGACCGCUUUUGGGGGGAUGUUGCACAAUACUCUGAGCCUUAACAAAGGCUAAAUUUUUCAACAAAUUUUCGUUAGCAACCCAGAAGUAAUCUAUAUACAUAUAUUCUUUUUUCGGGCAGAAGGUUGACCACUCGUCAAAAAAUAGAUAAUCUUUAACUGCGUUUUUGAUGCAUGGCAAAGUUUACUUUAGUACUGAGUUUCAAAGCUUGUGGAAAUUGAAAUCAUUUUAAUGACAUUAUUGAUAUAAUACUAUCAUUAAUUUCGAGUAAGGCCGUGAGAAAAGCUUGCAACGGUUGGAAAAAGGUGAUUUGGCUUCCGUGAUGCCUUGCAUCAAUGGCUGUACCAAAAAUGUCCUCAAAAACCUAUGUUUUGAUGUUCAAUUUACUACACCAAAAAAGUCACUCUUUCCUAGAGAUCUAGCGACUGCCCACCACUUUUAUUUAAUUCACAUUGUAAGUUAAUUAAUAGCUUUUAAUGCGAAUGGUUCUGACAAUCAUUGAAUGUCAUCCCACGACCAUUCUUUGAAAUCUAUUGUGUCAUAUUUGAUUUUCAAAGUGUUUUAAACUCUCUUUAAAAGACGAUUAAACAUAUUAAUGGGUUUUAUAGAUUCACAUAGUCAUUUUAAGAUCUCGAACGUAAUCUGUUUCAACUCACCCGAAUGUUCUAGCUCACGGAGGUUGCAAUGCUCUGUAAUUAUGACUAGCAAACAGGGAACUUUGCAUAAUUCACUUCAUUUCAUUUACAGCAAACAUAUCUAAAAUAAUAAUCACACCUUUUUCGAUGGUUUAACCCGGACAUUGCGCAAAUUGACUGGUACUUUUUCCGAGAAAUGUACGUAAGGUCGAGGAAAAUACGAGCGAAGAGAAAAAUGUUCGCUCGUUUCAUAAGGUAACCCAUCGAAUUGGGAAGUUAUCAUUUCGCUUUUGUUUAGUUUUCUAGUAUUUUGGCUUCUAAGUUCGUAUUAUCAAGCUUAAAGAACCUAAGAUAGUAAGAAUUUGAAUCAUAAGGUGCGGCAAUUUAUUGAUCCGCUUUGCUUUUGCUUUCC